AUGAAUUUAAACGCUCUACUUCAGCCAAACCGCCUGACGGUAUUUUCUUUGGGGGCGUUUUUGAGUCCUGACUUUAGUGAAUACGAUCGGAGGUCGGCAGGAAGACUGCAGGGGCAAAUUUUAUUUGAACAUUGUGGCGUAAUUCCUGACGAGGGUACAACUCCCGAAUGCCAUUGUGGUGAACUAUUAUAUAGAGACAAUGACUUUGAACGUAAACUAGGGUGCAGGUUCAAAUGUCGAAAUGGCCAUAAGGUUAACCCUACCAAAAAUAAUUUUUAGAGUAUGUGCACAUGUCUGUGGAACUCGGUUGCAAUAAAAUCACUCAGAUGAUAUAUUUGUGGGUCGCAAAAGUAAAUACUACAACCAUCCAACAAGAAGUAAAUAUAAUAUCUACAGUACCAGUACAAUAAAGUAUGAAUUAAUAAAGUAAUAAUACAAUAUCUUAAAAUAUUCACAAAAUUAAAAUUGUUAUAAAUAGCUUUAAAAUGACUAAAAUAAUUUUGAAAAUUUGAUCACGUAUAGAAAAAACAAAUAUAAGUUUUGUGUCAAAAUUUCCAAAAGUCCUUCCUUACGAAUAUUUUUAUUCGAAUUACAAUAAAAUUUCAUUUUUCGUCUUUGUAUGGUUUUUUCCAAUUAUUGUAAAAAUGGUUUUGAAAAAGCAAUAGAUGACGUCCUUAAAAUACUACACAAGAAAAUUCCUUUUAGAAAAGGGGCUAUAUUGUAUACAUUGGAGUAAGAUUUCUGGUAGAACGUGUUUACAUAAAAAAAUCAAUAUUGUAAAAUCAAUAAAUUUCUCGCUCUGCUUCGAAUCUAAAAAAUACAUACUCUUAUCUUAUUCAGAUCAAAAAUUAAAGGGGACAAAUAUUGCAUAACACAAAAUUAUAAAAAAAAAUCCAAAAAUUGACUUCUUCUCUGGGACUUAGGGAAUAAUACAAUGGUGUUAACAUUAACUUCGCUUUAAAAUUUAACUUAUUAAUAUUAAAAUAGUAAGUUCAUAUAAAAUACAUUUAAAAUUUCAAUAUUAGGUUGAGGUUUCCACAGAAACUAUAAUUUUAUUUACUGAGUAUUUUUGAGAUGUAGCACCAAAAAUCGCAUACCACGAUCAUGUCCAAAUUGGUGGUGAACAUGAUGUCGUAGAGAUUAAUGAAACGCAUUUGUUUCGAGCCAAAUAUAAUAUUGGUCGGCAUCCGGUAUGGAAUGCAGUUUGGUUUUUUGAUAUGUAUUAUUUUUUCAUAUAUUUUAAAUGUUGAACAAAUUACAUAGCGUAUUGCAUUAUUUUAGAUGACAUAAGUCGUACAACUAAAAAAAUUUUUGGAAAGAUUGUUCCUGAUAGAUCAGCGCAAACACUGAUACCUAUUGCUCAAUAAUAUAUUGACCCUGAUAGUUUUAUUCGUAGCGAUAUGUGGAGGGCAUACUUUUGGCCAAAUAUUUUAAAUUUAGAUAACUCAUUUGUAUUAGAUUCAAACUGUCGUAUCAGUUUUAAUUGAAUGAUAAUAAAAUACGAAUCGAAAAUCGUUUUUAAUCACUUCUACACUUUUUACACUACAUUUUUUCCUUGUCCCCAAAAUUCAUGAUAGGUCCGGAAAAACGGUCGGAAAAUUCAAAAGCCAAAAUUGUGAUAACGGAUUUAUUAUACACGAGGGCGUACGAACAAAAGUUUCCUUAUACGUUUUUCUAUAUUCCGAAAAUUAUUUUAAAAUAUUUUAAAUUUCUGUGGGUGUGUGAAUUUGCGGCUGGUCAGUCGUCGGUAGAUACACAAAUACAUUAUCAAUUGAUAAUUUGACUGGGAUAGGUAGGUAUAAUACGGCCUACAGAAAUAUUUGGUGCGUAUGUUGGCCACGCUGUGCGCUUUACACCACAGUAGAUUCGGUGAUACACAUACCUUGUUUUAUUCACCAUUUAAAUGUGAUAUGGACUUUGUCGUUUUUUUGUUAUUUUUCAUCCUUGAUCCGUCCCAAAAGCCAGAGAUCUACCAGACCAAUUAUUGCCAUCAUAUAUUAUGAUAGAAAAAUUUGAAACAUGAUUAAAUAUUUUUCAAAUUUUUCUGAAAAAAAAAACCCAAGCAGGUACUUACAUUUAAUAAAGUAUUAACCAAUUAUUAAAUUAUUCACGAGACAACAAAAAACAGUUAAUUUUAUAAUUAAUAUAAUUAAACACUAAGUAAAACCAUGUGACUUUUUUUCAGAGCCAAGUUAGAAUUGGGCGAAAUUACUCAUCAUAAUAUAAAACAGCUUAAACGACUAAAUACUGUGGUUUUUCCUGUGUCGUAUAAUGAAAAGUUUUAUAAAGAUGUUCUGGAAGCCGGAGAACUAGCUAAAUUAGGUAGAUAUUUACUAUUACUUUUUAUUUUAUAAUUUCAUUAUUAUGAAAUAAAUCUUGUUCAAUAUUCCCUCAUAUGUAUUUUUUUACUAAUUUUAAAUUUUUAGCAUUUUAUAAUGACAUUGUGGUUGGAGCUGUGUGUUGUCGAGUAGAUCAAGAAGUUGGUCGUCGACUGUAUAUAAUGACUCUGGGAUGUUUGUCGCAGUACAGAAGACUUGGCAUAGGAAGUAUGAUGGUUGAACACAUAUUAAACUAUGUUGAAAAUGAUGGUACAUUUGAUGCUGUCUAUUUGUAAGUAUUUUUAUUUUCUCUAGUUAUAACAGUGAUUUAUUAAGUACAUGUUUUAAUUUAGACAUGUUCAAUUGAAUAAUGAUAGUGCCAUUAAGUUUUACAAAAAAUUUGGCUUUGAAAUAGUUGAAACUAAAGAGCAUUAUUACAAAAGAAUAGAACCUGCAGAUGCUUAUGUAUUGGAAAAGCGUCUGCGGCCUAAAACAUUAAAUGGAAAAAAUGAAAAUCUGUCAAAUAAUAAUAAAAAAGAUUAA